UUUGAACGGGAGCUGGCAAAGUUCGAUGAGACCAUGCUUAGGUUCAAUUACAAAUUUGGCGUUCUGCUGGUCCAUCCUGGUCAGACAAAGGAGGAACAAUGGUUCGAUAACCAAAUGGCGUCCAGCACGAGAUUCCAGGAAUUUUUGGAGAGCGGUGUUUUGGGCCAGAAGGUAACCUUGAAGGGCUUUGAGCGUUUCUCAGCCGGGCUCGAUACACGACUAGGCGAAGCGGGCGAAUACUCCUACUAUGACACCUGGGGAGAGGGGUUUGAGAUCAUGUACCACGUCUCAACACUUCUGCCUCACAAUAAUGAUGACAAGCAACAGAUCCAACGCAAAAGACACAUCGGAAAUGACAUUGUGUGCAUCGUAUUCGUCGACGGCGAGCAGCCCUUCAUCCCCAACGCCAUAAAAUCCCAGUUCCUGCAUAUCUUUGUAGUCAUUCAUUUGAUCUCACUACCCGACGGAACCAAAGGAUAUGCUGCCACUAUUGCAUGCGACGACCAGGUGCCAGAGUUUGGACCACCAUUGCCUGACCCACCAAUAUUCAGGACCCCACAGGAGCUACGCGCAUUUUUGCUGUGCAAA